AUGGUACAAUUCAAACUAGGUAGUAGUCAACCACACAAAGACCCGGCCGCGGUCCACCUUCAGAAGACAUGUCGCAAAAAGUCCACUGGAUCUUGGCCUCAUGGAUGGCUGAUAAGAGGGCGCAGAUAUCAGCUCGAUCCACCAGCGAAGAUACAAGCUGAGAUGAAAUUAUGGGUCGCUUUGGUCCAAUUCCGAAUCACGUGGAGUCAUGAUGCUACAGCAGUUUCAUCGAAAUUUAGGGCCAAAGCUAGCCAAAGACUCCAACGAGCCUUCAACGAGGCCAACACAUGCACCAUGAUGGCAUGGUGGCGAGUCCUUUCGAGUAGCGUAUUGGCUGGGGUUCAGCCCGGUAUAGACGGGUUCCCUGCUCAAGGUUUAGGCAAGACUUCCGCAUUUUGGUUAAAGAAGAUGACCAGCGGGUCAAACGUUAACGCGACUAGAAAGAUUUGGAAAUUGGAAAUUACGGCUCCGUUUGGCUGGGCCCGGGGGCCGGAGUUCGGACAAAACGGCCACGACAGCCUUCUAGGGGAGACUAGCCUUCGAUCGUUUCGAGGAGGAAAGAAAGAAUUAGACAUAGACAAGAGGAAUGCGGUCCACGGACCGACGUCCGCGAAUAUCAGCAGCCGCCUGCAGCCGUUUGAUAAGGUCGUCCUUGUGGAAGAGCCG